AUGGCCGACAACAACAACUCCCCGGUCGCCCCGGCUCCUCGGGCCACCAAGCCCGUCAGUGAGGCUCUGCUGAACGAGAAGUGGGACCGUGCCAUUUCUUCCAUGAUCAUUCGCUCCUCUCUCGGCCUCUCCUUUGGUGUUGUUUUCUCGGUCCUCCUGUUCAAGCGCAGAGCUUGGCCCGCCUGGGUUGGUCUCGGCUUCGGUGCCGGACGUGCUUGGGAAGAAGCUGAUGCUUCUUUCCGUCGGGGAGACUCGCCUGUCAGAGAUGCGCUGCGUCGGUAG